AUGACAGAUACGGAAGCCCAAUCUAUACCCAGGGAUCGAGACUCUGAACAUGAUGUACAGCCUACCGCGGCACCGCCACUUCUCCAGACUCUGUCGUUAGUCCCCUCAAACACGCCACAAGAUGGUGGCCGACGGGCGUGGAUCCAGGUCCUGGGGUGCUUCCUAAUAUUCUUCAAUGUCUGGGGCUAUCCUUCCGUAUGGGGCGCCUUCCAGGAAUACUACGCUUCGAAUCUUCUCUCUGAGAACAGCCCCGGCACCAUCGCCUGGAUUGGAUCGACUCAAUCGACGCUGCUCAUUCUCGUCGGGAUACUUUCCGGCCCGAUUUUCGAUCUCGGCUACUACCAGACGUUGAUGUUUGCCGGUGCCAUAAUCUGCGUCUCCGGCGUCAUGUUGGUGUCUCUGGCCACCAAGUACUGGCAAGUGAUGCUGUGCCAGGGUAUUUGCGUCGGUCUGGGGUGUGGCAUGAUAUUCAUCCCUACCUUGGCCUUGGUGACUCGCUCGUUUCAACGGCGACGGGCUCUCGCAGUUGCCACUGUUUUCUCUGGCACACCUGUCGGCGCCAUCAUGUAUGGGUUCGUCUUUUCGAGAUUGAUAGGGCCUUUAGGGUAUCCUUGGACUGCCCGUUCUCUAGCGUUCAUGAUGAUGGGUAUCUUUGCAGUGUCCCUACCUCUGGUCCUGUGGGGUGCGUCCAACACGGGUCAGAUCACCGAUGGAAGGAAGAGAAGGAUGCUGGACAAGGCUGCUUUGACAGAUCCCCCUUUCUGGGCCUACACUGUUGCACUUUCCACGAUGUCAUUGGCGUACUGGGUGCCUUACUAUUACAUUCCGACCUUUGCCAGGUCUGCAUUGGGAACUUCGCAGGCUUGGUCAUCGUAUUUGCUGAUGAUCGCUCAAGCCGCAUCGGUGUUUGGAAGAUACUUUGCCGCUAUCGCUGCAGAUCACUUUGGAGUCAUGCUCACCUGGCUGGUGACAUCGGUGAUCAGUGGUGCUGUCUGUCUGGUCUGGAUUGGAGUGACAGAAUUCAAGCCAUUUAUUGCAUUCUGCGUCUUGUGGGGAAUUACCUCUGGCCCAUUGGUACCUUUACCUGCGAGCAUUUUCCCCGUUGUGUGUCCGAAUCGAAAUGUGCUCGGGACGCGGCUAGGGAUGUCGGAAGCAAUCGCAAGUGCUUUCAAUCUCAUCGGACCUCCCAUCGCAGGUGCAUUGAUGCGCAAGGAUGAGAAGAAGACUCGUGAAUAUUUGGCGGUGCAAAUGUUUGCAGGCUUGAUCCUGAUAGGAGGAGGUGUGCAGCUCCUGUACCUGUGGUGGUACUUGGUCAAGAAAAGGAGUAAUAAAGUAUUUAUAUAA